AUGCAGCUCCUCGCUCUCACUUUGGCCCUCUGCGCCUCAAUCGCGGCUCUUCCCACUCAGCAAACCCCGUUGCCGUUGGAGGACCCGAUCAAGUCUCCUUUCCCCAUCCACCACAGCUGCAAUGCCACCGAACAGCGCCAGCUAGCCACCGCUCUCCAGGAGACCGUGACCCUUGCUGAGCACGCCAAAGACCAUAUCCUCCGUUGGGGCAAUGAGAGCGCCAUCUAUCGCAAGUACUUUGGCGACAGGCCCUCUCUAACCGCCAUCGGAGCAUACGACAUCAUCGUCAACGGAAACCCAGAUAACAUCCUCUUCCGCUGCGAUAACCCCGACGGCAACUGUGCUCUUGAGGGCUGGGGUGGCCAUUGGCGCGGCGAGAACGCCAGCGAUGAGACUGUCAUCUGCGAACUCAGCUACACCACUCGUCGGUCCCUGAGCACAAUGUGCUCGCAGGGAUACACCAUCUCUGAGUGGGAGACGAACACCUUCUGGGCUGGUGAUUUGCUGCACCGACUGUACCACAUGCCUGCUAUAGGACAGGGCUUGGUUGAGCACUACGCGGAUGGAUACGAGGGCGUUUUGGAGCUGGCGGAGGGGAACCGGACAGAAGCUGUGCAUGACUCGGAGACCCUUCAGUACUUUGCGCUUGAGGUGUAUGCAUAUGAUGUUGCGGUCCCAGGUAUUGGGUGUGUUGGUGGAGAGGAAGAGAAUGAUGGCCAGGGUGAAGAACAGACUGAGGAGCCUGCUCAGGAUGAUCAGCAGGAUGAGGCGGCUGAGGAGGAGAUUCCUGAGAAUUGCCAUACUCAUGAAGGUGGAGAGCUGCACUGCACCUAAGUUAUUCACCUUCAGACGAUUCGUGCCAUGACACAUUACCUAUUUUCUGCGACUGCUCCCCGUCCUCACAUCCCUUGAGAAAGAGAAAAGAACUUUAUACGAUCUAUGAUGCAGACUUGGAUGACCACUCGUUUAACCCACCUAUAAUGCAUUAAUAUAUGUCUAUC